AUGCUUGAUUCUCAGCAGAAAUCUUCACGACCAUUCAGAUCUAUAACUCCUCGAAAAAAAUCAGUUCGCUUCAAUAUCACAUCUCCAUCACCACGAACUCCUUCGUUAAUCAACGAAAGCGAUUCGGCAAGUCAUCGUCAACAUCCAUUGAAUGUGUCCUAUACAAUACCCUCGACAACAGUCAAUAUCGAUCAUGUCACAAAUCAAUCUCAUAUGCACCAUCUGCACGAUCGUGUCGAAUACAUUCCGACGGCACGACGAAAUCAUUUACAAAUUACAGGAGAAAAAAUUCUUCCUCAACCGCAGACACUCGACGAGCUUCAUCAAUUUAUGAAGGUGAAAGCAGCAAACCUUCGAAAAAACAUGACACAUGUAACAGAUACAUUUAUUCACGCCAGCACACAUUUGAAUCGGAUCAAAGACGAACAUCAAACUGCACUUAAACGACCAAGUCGUAUACCUAUAUCAGUUCAUCAUCGUUCACCCUCACCGCCAGUUGUUAUUUAUCGCAAACCACAGCAUCGGGCGCUCGAUGAUUUACGCUGGUAUUGUUUAGCAAGAAAGUUUUCUAUUCUUUGGCAAAAACAUGUUUUCGGAUGCCAUCUACGUCGCAUCAAGUCAUUUUAUGAACGAAAAUUGUUAAACAAAUACUUUUAUGUUUGGCGAGAAACGAUUCAAGAUGAUCAUAUUGAGUCAAUUGCUAUUGAAUUUUACCAUCGACAUUUGCUCAAAACGUAUUUUCAAAUUUGGCUCAACUUUACUUCCCAAACUCAAAUAGCAGUCGAGCAUUUAAAUCGCAGACGAUUGCAAAAUGCCUGGAAUAUGUGGAAAAUACAAUUUAACAAAAGAUAUGUUCAUCAACAACAAGUUCAACUGGCCACUGAACAAUACCAUCGACAACUAGCAGCUCGUUUUUAUUACAUUUGGCAAGUAAAUACACAACAGCGACGACAAGAACACGAAAAACAUUUACGAGCCAAUUAUCACUAUCGUAUUCAUUCACAAAGAAUAUGUUUCAACGCCUGGUUAACAUAUUCCGAUUAUCGGCGAAAGAAGAAUACUCAUAAAAAACGUGUACAUGAGUAUUAUCAAAAACAUCUGCUAGAGAAAAUAUACCGAAAUUGGAAACAAGCUUUGACAAACAAACUGCUCAUGCAACAACAUGAGCAUCGAUUGGCUCAAUUGCAAGAACGAGUUCUCAUGCGGUGGGCAUUCGAACAGUGGAAAUCAUAUAUGAACGAUCUAGCUGACGAACAACGAAUGAUGUAUAUGGCUGAACAGUACAGCGAUCAAAGGAUUAUACGUUCAGCGUUUGUUAUUCUUCAAAAGUAUGUAGCGAAACGUCGUAUGAAACAACGGUUGAAUUGGAUCGCUGUUCAACAUCGAGCGCGAAUGAUCCAAUGUGUUUACUAUCGUAUUUGGAAACACCGAAUGGAACAGCGUGAAAAUAUUCUCAUGUUCAAUGAAUUCCAAAAAGCAGACUCGUUCUACAAUAUGAAAAUAACCAUUCGCUAUUGGUUCUGUUGGCGGCGAUACGUUCAAGAUUGUCGAGAAGAAAAUGCUCAACUUCACGCAGCAGCAACAUAUCAUAAUUCCAAAUUAUUACGUAAAUAUUUUCAUCUUCUACGUGCUAACAUCACUGUUGAACGUCAUGAACAGCUACUGGAGAAACGAGCAGACGAUCAUUAUCGUUUACGGUAUUUGCGACUGUACUACAAUUAUUGGAAAGAACAAACACGUCGUUAUGAAGAGUAUCAGAUGAAUUACAGAAUCGCAAUUGUUCAUGAAGAAAAACGAAUGCGAGAACGAUUUUUCAAUCUAUGGUUGAAUCAAGCCCAUUCACGAUUGAUCGAAAACGAACAGCAGAUUGUUGCUGAAAGACAUUACAUCCGAAGUAUACUAGUACGCGCUUGGUUAGCCUGGCGACAAAUCAUUGACGAUCGUCACAAUGAAGAACGAUCUGAACGUAUUGCCGUUCAGUUCUAUUAUCAUAACAUCGAAAGGCGCGUGUUACACGCAUGGAAAUUAUUUAUUCGUCAUUGUCAUUACAUGAAACAAAUGUAUCGUGAAAGUGAACAGUUUUAUUUACAACAUCGAGGUCGAACAGUAUAUUCUCAGUGGUUAAAUAAAGCGCGACAUCGACGAAGAUUGAUGGCAAUUGUUAAUGAACGUUAUGAGCGUCAACAACGUACUUUAUUAAGGCAUUAUCUUCAUCAAUGGCGUAAUAGUGUACAAGACGGUAAAGAUGAUCGUCGAUUGUUGCAAUAUGCUCAGGAACAUUAUGAUCGUUCGCUGAAACGCAAGGUUCUUAUUGCUUGGAACAAUGAAAUGAUCCAGCAAGUAAUGAUUGAUAAUGAGAAUGAAAUUAAAUUGAACAAGUACAAACAACGGAAAGACCAUUUACAAUUGACAAGCAUUUACAGCCGAUGGAAAGAAGUCACCGUUGAACAUGUUCGAGAACGGUUUCUCCUUCAACGUGCACAAGUAUUCUAUGUCAAAAAUGUGUUAAACAAAUACUUCUCUCAAUGGAAAGAACAACAUCACUUUGAUAUGCGAAUUAAAUUACUUGAACGACAAGCGGUUUGGUUCGAUCGGAUGCGUUUGAUGAGUCGAGUGUAUACUCAAUGGAAACAAAGUUGGCACACCGAACAACGAGAACACGAACAAAAACAUCGUGCAUUGCUUUUCUGGGCGAUACAACUGCAGAAAAAGUGUUUUCUCCAUUGGUUGAUCUAUUUUACUGAACGGAAGAGAAAGAAAGCACGAUAUAACGAAGCUACACAUCGGCGACAUGAUGAACUAGUACGAAAUAGUUUACGUCAAUUUUUAGUCUACACGGAUCACACGAAACUUCGACGACAAGCUUUAUUUAUCCAUCAACAAGUUUAUCUAUAUCAUGAUCGCAAUACUCUAGCAUCGAAAUACUUUUCCAAAUGGCGAGCAUUCGUGAAAGAAUCAUUAGCACACAAACAAUUGACACAACAGUUUAUGAAAAGAAAAACAACUGUUGUACCUAUCACGAAGAAUCCACUGGAUCUCGUCAAAUUUGACAACAGUCCUCCAAAAAUAACCAAUCGACCACGUCCACGUAAACCAGCAUUUCUUUCUGAUUCAUUUUCGGCAACAACCAUCGACAAAAGAGAAUCGGAUAUUCGCACAAUAAACAUACGCAGUCCUACAUCAUCACCACCACGACAACCUCCUCCAACGAUCGAUCAUUCUCUACAUUCUCCAUUCAUCACUGUAAAACAACCAUUAGCCACAACUCAUGAUUCAUUCCCGUCUUCACCACCUGCACCUAUUCUCCUUCCACCAUCAGCAUUUCAAAUAGCUCAUAACGAAAUCAGGAUGCCAUUAUCAUCUCGUGAGACAACCAAUGCGCGAAAUCCUUCAAUUCUUCCUCAUCGACCGUAUUCCACUCAGCCCACGUCAACAAUUCUCCUCAACAAAGAUAAUUUAUUAGAUGUUAAACAACGCUUAGAAAUCUAUCUCAACAAUAAAGCUAGAUUAAAACGUCUACGCCAACAAUUAGCUAAUUUACCAUCAUCAGAAAUCGACACAAAACUCGAACAAGAAUGCCAACAAUUAAGUACAUUUAUAGCUUCGGAAAAGCUCCAUUUGACUAGUGUGCUACAAAAUUUAUAA